CUUUUCCAAAUGUGAACUACAAUUUUCGCAAGUAAAUACAACAAAUGGAACAAAGGUCACAAAGCAUAGGUUACAGUACGUUUUUCCGCUUGCAUCUUAUAAGGGGGAACUAUGGGAUUAGUUUUAUAGUUCACAUAUGUACUCUUCAAAUGGUGGGCGUUCACCUGUGGUUUUCACGUGAUUUUUCGUAAGUGAUACGAGAGGGUCAUAAAAACGCUCGCAGAUAAAAUCCGUAAAGGAUGCGAUGUGAGUCAUUCUCGCCCGGAAGCGUGAGACUCUGAAGUGCGGCUCGGGUAGCGACGGGUAAAGGCGUGGCAUUACAACGGUUGCUGCGCGCGGAUAGAGGGGGAUGACCUGAACCACUCAGCAGCAUCAGACCGCAGCGGAGAGAAAACAUGAGGAGCAUCUUCUCAACAUGCCUGCUUUUUACCACAGCAGUGAGUGUGUUUGGCCAGUCUGUGGAGCUGCACGGCAUUCUGGGACAGAGUGUGAAGUUCCCAGCUGCAGUGAAAAAGGUCGGGAGUUUGAUGCACAGCGGUGUCACCAUUGGAGACGUGACUAAUGGUAAAUUUACAACGCCCCCAAAUGAGAGGUUCAACGGCAGGUUGCACUGGGACAGCAGCACUGGACUCUUCUCCCUCUCUGGGCUGAAGAUGGAGGACAUUGGAGAGUAUAAAGUACAGAAUACAGACCAGAACAUAAAUACCGUCUUCCAGCUGAAUGUGUACAAGGACAACGUUCCUGUCUCAAAACCCCAUAUCACCAUCACUCAUAAUGAGUACCCCUGCACUAUAGUGUGCACUGUGGAGAGAGGGACAGGAGUGAUCCUGUCCUGGUACAGAGAGGGUGAGAAGAGGUACGGCAGCUCUGAUUCUCUUGAUGCCCCGUAUCUGAAACUACCCCAGACUGUGGAGACACACGGUAUCUACAUCUGUGAGGCGAGGAACUCAGUCAGUAAUGAGACAUCAGACCCUCUCACUGUGGGGGCCCACUGCACAGCAGUGAGUGUGUUCGGCAUUCUGGGAGAAAGUGUGAAGUUCCCAGCUGCAGUGAAAAAGAAAGGGAGUUUGAUGCACAGCAGUGGCACCAUUGGAGAUGUGACUGAAGGUAGCUUUACGGCGCUCCCUAUUGAGAAGUUCAGCGGCAGGUUGCACUGGGACAGCAGCACUGGACUCUUCUCCCUCUCUGGGCUGAAGAUGGAGGACUCUGGAGAGUAUAAAGUACAGAAUACAGACCAGAACAUAAUAACCAUCUUCCAGCUGAAUGUGUACAAGGACAACGUUCCUGUAUCAAAGCCCCAUGUCAGCCUCACUCAUAAUGAAUACCCCUGCACUAUAGAGUGCACUGCAGAAAGAGGGACAGGAGUGACCCUGUCCUGGUACAGAGAGGGUGAGAAGAAGUCCCUUGUCUCCUCACGUGUGGCAAGUGCUCUACAUCUGCAUCUGCCUGUGCCUGUGGAGAGCGGUACAUACACCUGUGAGGCAAAGAACUCAGUCAGCAGAGAGACAUCAGACCCUCUCACUGUGGGGGCCCACUGCACAGCCAACCCCAUUAUGUGGAUACUUAUUGCUGUUGUUGUUCUUCUCUUUCUCGCCAUUGUCGCCUAUUGUCUACGGCGCCGAAUUUGCCGUUUCAUAAGAAGACGCCGAGCUGUCAGAACAUUAAUCCAAGUUAAAAAGCUUCUCGACAAUGUGGAUCUACACGCUUAUGGCGAAACAAGGCUGGAAUUAUCCCCAGAUGCUGUCAGAACUGUAAUCAAUGUUAAAAAGCUUCUCGACAAUUUGGAUCUACACGCUUAUGGCGAAACAAGGCUGGAAUUAUCCCCAGAUGGCGAAACAAGGCUGGAAUUAUCCCCAGAUGGCGAAACAAGGCUGGAAUUAUCCCCAGAUGCUGUCAGAACUGUAAUCAAUGUUAAAAUGCUUCUCGACAAUUUGGAUCUACACGCUUAUGCCCAAUAUCUUUUUGAUCAUGAGAAUUCAGAAGCAUCUGAUGAAACAAUUCCCCUAGAUGUUAAAGAGCUUCUCGACGAUGUGGAUCUAUACGAAUAUGGUAAGUGUACUUUUACUUUAUACAUUUGUAGAAAAACUAAUCCUGCUUGAACAGAACAAAAGAAAAACAUACACUAUAAAAAUACAUUUUCAUGUUUCUCGAAUUAUAAUGAGAUCAUGCACUUUCUGUACUGUCAGUCUGCCACCUGAACAUUGUACCUAGGGGAGGACUUUUUAAAUUAUUUGAGUAGCUUGACAUGGAAUGUGUGAAACACGCACCACACAAAGAACAAACUAUCAACGGCGGCAGCUGAUCGCACUAAAUGUGCAAUUUACCAACAUGUAACUGCCUGCAGGACAGCAGACCGAGAUGCACCUGGUCUGCAGAGACAAACUCCAAAGAUAUGAUUAUGUUGGGAUGACAGUUACAGCUUGGUGGGGCUGCAUGCCCCAUACCUGAACAGCGCUGAGAGUUUGGCACUUUUCAGGGUUCCCUACCACAGUACCACAUAAAAUAACCAAAAAGCCCCAAUAAUCAUCAUAAUCAAAUAAUCAUAAAAAUAAAUAACCACAACAACCACCACAGGCUCUGUCAUUUCUGUAGAUUCUGACACCAUUUCAACAAACAGAAUUCACAAACAACUUCACAUGUCUGCACAAUAAAGCCUCAAACUUUAGAUUUAGCAUUUUUUUUCCUUCUUCUUUUUUUUUCCUGCCUGAUUACAUCAUCUCCAAUUCUCCAAGCCCAGAAAGAAUGUUUCCCCAUUGGACAUUUAGGUACAUCAGCUAAUAAAAACAGUUGAUACACACACACAAAAUUAACCUACAUACAUACACACAUUUAAAACAGUAAAAUCUUGCAGCCCUGAUGUGUACUUCCCUUGUAGCUCACUGGGUAUCGCAUUUGCCUUUGUGUCUUUUUGGACGAGUAAUAGACCCGGGUUCAAAUCCUCCCUUGGACUGAAGCAAACCUCUAACUCAUUACACUAGCUUGCUGGCUAACUAAAAAUAAAACAUUUUAACUAUU